UUUUAAUUUCUAAAUAGGAAGUUACGUGAGAACGAAAAUGGUAAUUGGAUAAAAAUGGAUACCUCCUAUCUAGGCCUAGCUACUAGGUAGUAGGAUGAUUCUACGCCUUCCAAGUUUUUUUUUGUAGGCCCAUGUUCUACUACCUAGCUAAUAUACUAUCUCGCAUUACUUCGUUCUAGGACUAUACUAGCUAUGUUUAGCGUGAAAAACCUUUGUUAUUGAAAAAACAACAACCAUAGUACCUAGAUAUUUAACCCUAGCUACCUAGUAGGUACUCCUGGGUAGUGGGCUAGCUAGGUAGGUACUAUUAGCUAGUACUAGCUACGUACCACUAGGUAGUAGUAGGUCUACGUAAUGGCCCGCAGGGCAGACUGGGAUUUAGGCCUAAAUUGUGUACGCUAUUUGCUGUCUAUUCAUUAUUAGAUAUUGACUGAGCCAAAAUAAAGCGACCACCAUCUGGCAGUGGAAAUGGACAUUCUUCUUUUGAGCAUAGUAUACAUUACUGCUGUUACCAAUAAGUUUAGCCCAAGAUUGACUGUAACAAAACCCUGAACUGUUAUGACCUCUCUAACUUUGAGUGAGUUAAGGACUGCAUCAUUAGCUAGUAUUCUGGUGGUUAGUGAUGGAGAAACAGGAGACAAUUUCAGAGUUAGAGGGAACUUUAACUGGCCUCAGCUACACAUUCUUUGUGGGUGAAUACAUUUUCUGGUUGAUGGAACUCUAUAGCAAAGGAUCUGCAUAUCACAUCAUGGUGCGCCACCCAUUCCAGCUACCCAGGCGCAAUUCAUUGCAGCUACAGCGCCGUUAUAGAAUCACCAACCUGAAACCACAAAAUAUCUGCAAAGAGAGAUUGCUAACUUAUGUUGCUCGUUCAACAUCUCGGCUACAAGAGCUAAGCGAGGAUCUGGAACAAAGUGAUCUACAAGGUGCCUCCAUGAUAAGUGGUUUGAUAUCCUACAAGGGAAUUGUUACAAAGGCUAUCGAUGAGGAUCUGGGUAUCUGGGAACUUGAUGGAAGCAUCACUUUGGUGCUGUCAUUCUUGUGCCACCUGACAGGUGAAAUUUGGAGUAAAGACCUCGUCGAGAAUGUAAAGGACGUUGACCCCAAAUCAGCAGCUGUUGCAACUUCUGAGAAAUUUUAUAAAAAUGAAUAUUUGAAAGUAGGAGACCAUAUUGCUGUCCACCAUGUGCAUCACUCUGUCAUAAAGGGAAGAAUUUAUCUCACCUGCUGUGGCAGAAGUUCAUUGGAAAAUAACCAAAUCCCCAAGAUAAAGAAAACUGUAACUAGGUGCGAGAACUCGGUUGUUGAUAUACUGCAUCUGUAUGGUUUGAGUUUAUCAGGCCUGCAUUGGCUUCUCAGUAUAACGAAUCAUCUUGUCGAAGCAUUGUGCCCCAAGUUCGCAGAUGAAGAAGAGGUAGUAAGGAGCAAGGUUGGUGAGAAGCCAAGCAUUCUCCUCAGAUUAAUAGAGGAUGCAUGGGAACGUGGUCUUCAAAAAGUAGGGUCACGCUCCUUGGUCAGAGAGUUCUUACGUCAUGAUCACUGUGCUAUAACAGAGGAGUUUACUCCACCAUUUUCUUUGAUGAAAAUAAAGGAAGUGCUAGCCACAGAACCCAGUAAAUCAGCUGAUAGUGAAGAAGCUGCUGUUCCACAGAUUUGGAAUUACCACGUCAGUCAGCAGAAGGAGCCCACCUAUGUUGUUGGGACAUUGUCUUUUGGCGAUGAUGGAGUCUUGCAACUUUACGAUGUUAAUGGUAGUAUUGAUAUUUUGAUAUUAGGAGCACAAAAUCAGUUAUUAGAGGGAUCAUUGGUAGCACUGUAUAAUUUCUCAGUAGUUGUAGAAACAUUCAUUAUUCGUGAUCUGCAAGAGUAUACCAAACUACAGAAAAAGUACAUCAUUGUUGAGAUCCCCUGUGUAGUUGUUUUAAAGGAGCGGCCCAAAUCAGAGGCUUAUCCAUUACACGAGACAACAAAUGUCACCAUUAUUUCAAAAUCAAAUGUCAUGUGCAUCCAACCUCAAACAGACUUACAGCACACAUCUGUAGACAAGUUUUUUAUAGCUAAAGCUGUUAUUAACCAAACCUUCCCAUGUGGACGACAGGAAAAAUGGGACACUUUCAUCAGAUUUUCUGGUAAGAAUGCGUUAGCCCAUUCAUGUUUUGAAGAUGGGUAUUCUUACACUUUACAUACCAGUUUAAAAGAGCCAGGAGUUUAUUUGAAGAAAACCUGUGCAAACGUUUGGUUAAGGUCGAUGCAGUGUCACUAUGGGACUUCUGAAUGUGUGUACAUUCCUGAGGAAACCAAGAUUGUUGACGUGACUCCAGGUCGAACUUGUGUAAGAACAGUUGAUAUUGAAAGGUUGUUGGAUAGUGAUACCUGUGAAAGCAGUGAACUAAUCACAGUCGUUGGUAUGGUUCAAGAUCGGCAGUUAAUGACAUCAAAAUUUGAUUCAGAAAACAGCCAUUUCCCCUUGGCAUUCACCAACAACUUUCACAUUGGAGUACCUGGAAGCAAAAUUCUUAGAAUUUUAAUAUGUGACUCAAGGGAAAAUAGUAAUAGUACAAUAUGGAUAUAUUUUAUGGGUUCACAGUAUUAUUACAUUCCACAAUAUCCUCUUGGGAUACUUCCCGGAAUGAAGAUCGAAGCGUCUUGCGUAAUGCGCAAGAUCUCGAAGAACACAAAACGUGCUUACCUCCGAUGUUCUAACUUCAGUGUCCUUACCCCCCUUUCCUUACCACCUCCUAGCCCUGUUUCACCAAAACUACCUCAUCGGUACUUACGUGAAAUCUCCGAGCAGGAGGAACCUUUUCAAGUUAUUGCUCACAUUGAGUGCAUUCAGAAAGUUAUUCUGAAAAGCAUUUGCAUUGCUUGUAAAUCAGAAAUGGUGGAAGGGAGCUGCAGCUAUGUUGGAUGUUCGUCACCAGAGGGAGGGGUGCUGAGCGUCUAUGUCGAAGUUAUUAUAGAUGAUGGCAGCGAGACUGCCCAGAUAUUUAUGGAUUCUCCAAAUAAUCUGCGGUUACUGUUACAGUUAACAGAUGAAGAUUAUAGUCAGUUAAGCAGCAAAGUUACAGAGAGUGGCAAAAAGCUCUCCUUUAACCGCGCACAGUACUUGAAGGGGAAUUCUGGUCAUGUCAUCAGUGACGAGGCCUUUGGAUUCUUGUGUUCUCAUGAUAGUCACUGUCGACCAAUGAGACUAGAGUGUAGGAAGUUCAAGACCAAUAAUCCUGAAGAAGGUGUUCUUUUGUAUUGUAUCAAUGCUUUUGAAUUGGAUCCAGAAAAUGAUAUAAAGAUUUGGCAGUCAAAGCAAAGUUUAUCAUGAAGAAACUGGAGCAUGUGGGCUAGUUAGCUUGAAUGUAUACUCUAUUUAAGAUUGUAGUUUUUAGUAGACAUAUGAAAAUUCAUAUGUGCAGUGGUGCAAUGCCAUUCUAGUUUACAAAAUUAAAUGAUAUAAAAGACAUUUAUAUAUUUAUGGAAAGCUUCAGUACAAAUCUAUUCAUUAUAACAAAUGUCUCUUGAAGUGUUUUGCCUGUAUCUUAUUGCCCAGGAUGUAUGGUAAAAUUUGUGUUAACUUUCCACUUAUAAACAAGCAAAGUUGCUUCUUACAAGGUGAGACCAGCACAUUGUGUUUCAGUACUGUGGCAAAGUCGCAUCACUUCAUAUUGCAACUGAUAUAGUAUUUGCUUGUGUUGUUUUUGUCAUAGGUUCUGAUGAAAUAUUGUUAGCUUAUGAUGGGGAUGUGAAACUGAUUGUUUAUUCAGCCACUUUUAUAGUUUUUGAUUGGUUAAGUAUUUUUCCUUUUGCUCUUACUCAUUCUUAAGAGUAUGGUUUUUGUCAGUGUCCUUUGAAAGUGUCCACAUGUACUAACACUACACACAGUUGUCUGAGGAGCUGUAGAUGGUACUUAGUUCUUUGCAUCAGUUUGGCCCUUAUUGCAAUGCUCUCUACCUUUUACUUUUCAUCAUUCCCUUUGGUCUCAUGCUACAUAUCUACUCAAUUUCUGUAACUAACUUUGCUCUCACUUUGCUCUAAUUUUCACCUUUUAUUGAUGACCAAUCCUUCAAGGUGAGCCAUCCAAGUGGUCUUGUCAAACUAGUUUAUAAUGAUAUUAGUAAUCUCUGAGGAGAGUAUUCCUUCCUGUGCCACAAAUCUAGUGAAGUUUUGUGGUAACAAAUCACAACUGAAGUUCCCACUUGGAUGAACUGGACAGACCAACACACAUAUAAUCUCUCCUUCAAGUAGGUAGUUGUUUGACUUUAUUAAGUAGUUUGUUUUGAGCACAUGCAAGUUUGAAGUUUGUUUUGAACAAAUGCAAAAGUUUGAAGUUUGUUUUGAACAGGCAAAAGUUUGAAAUUUGCAUUGAGCACAUGCAAAAGUUUGAAGUUUGUUUUGAGCAUGCAAAGGUUUGAAGUGUUUUUUUUUAUACUCCAUGAAUACAGAAUUAUUUUUUAUAUAUACUGGUCCAUUCCUUCCAAUCCCCUAUGAUUGUUGUAGCAAUCCAAUAUGGAAUGAAAUGGCUUAUUUGUUGAGGAAAGAAGUCACACCAAGCUUACAAAGUAAUCCUGUUGAAAAGUCAGCAUUUAGCUCAAUUUCACCAUACGCCUUGGGCAUUAAGGUAUAAAAGUAAGGAUUUCCUUUAUGAAAUAAAAAUAUUUUAUACUAUAUUUGAUAUUUAACUUGUGCCAUUGUCACAGUAGGAUGCACAAAAUUAUUUUUAUCUUAUUAAGAAUAUUUUUAACAAUUUUUACUAAUACUUAUAAGGAAUGAAUUUUAUUUUUAUAACUGAUUAUAUAAUGGAUUAAAUAGUUGCCAAACCAUUGAGAAAAAUAUGUAUUUCAAAUUUUGUACAUUUUUCAAAUAUUUCAUGUACUGCAUGCCACUCUGUUACAUUAUUAAAAUAGGAAAUAUUAAAGAUUGCAUGUUACCUUAAACAUUCACAAUUUGUUUCUGGUUUUGUGUACAGUGUUAAAUACUUAAUGAACUGAAAGUUAGUCUUGUCACAUUAACAACAAUAUUUUGUCACUUAAUAAAUUUAAAAGCAUGAGAUGUUAAUGAAAUAUCUACAAUGCCUUUUUUUUUCUAAAUUUGUUUUGGUACAUGAAUUGCAAAAUUUACCAUUCCAUUUAUUAUUUGGGGUACUUAAAUUGCUUAAUGGCAUGCUGAUUAACAGCCUGGAGUCAAAUUUUAUGAAGUUAUUAAACAACAUCUCCAGUGAUGAGAGAUUCUCAUGUAAAAGUCCAAACUUGCAGUAAUUAUAGUAAUGUGCAAUAGUACCUAGAUAUUUCCAAUAUUUCAUGAAAUUCUGAUCCCCCAAAAUUA